AUGCAGCGCUUAUCCGCGGGGUUAUCGCAAGUGCUGGGCACAGACGCACCCACUGCACUCUCGUCCACCACCCCUUCCACCCAGCAUGACGCCACGUGGGGCAUGCCCGGAGCCGAGGAGAGGGUGAAGGGGGGGGUGGAGGAGGAGGGGGGAAAAGAGGAGAGGGAGGAGGAGGAGGAGGAGGAGGAGGAGGAGGAGGAGGAGGAGGAGGAGGAGGAGGAGGAGGAGGAGGAGGAGGAGGAGGAGGAGGAGGAGGAGGAGGAGGAGGAGGAGGAGGAGGAGGAGGAGGAGGAGGAGGAGGAGGAGGAGGAGGAGGAGGAGGAGGAGGAGGAGGAGGAGGAGGAGGAGGAGGAGGAGGUGAAAGAGGAGGGGUUGGAGAGGAGAAGCAUGAAGUCAGGAUCGUCUCUAGGCGACCAGCACUGGACGGUGCUACAGAUAGCACCGCCCAUGCCAUCCUUAAAGCUACUAUCAUACUGCUCCUUGCCAUGCUGCUGUGCAUGCAUCUCCCCUUCUCUCCCCCACACCAUCUCCUCUACCCCUUGUAAGUCAAUAUCCGCUUCCCUGUUACAACCUCCCGCACUUGCCUCUCCCUUCCCCGCAACCCCCUCUUCCUUCCCCUUCCCAUCUCCCCUCCCUGCCUUUCCCGCAUCUCCGUCCACCUUUUCCCUCGCGUCCCCGUCGCCCUCCUGCCCGUUCCCCUCCCCUGACUCCGCCGUCCGCCCAUCUCCUCCUCCGCAAGCGUGUUCUUCCUCCGCCCGCGCAUCCCCUUCCGCCGUCCCCGCGCUCAGCCACGCCUCAGGCUCGUCCAUGGCGCUCUCUUCGUCCAUCCCCCGCGCCGUCUCCCCCGCCUCCGCCAUCACCUGCUCGGCCGUCGCGCUGGAGAGCGCAGCAGCGCCGCGCAGAUCCGCGCGCACGUCCCACAGCGGGCGGAGGCUCUCCCCAGCCUGCGCCGAGGAGGCCUGGGACGAAGUAAAAGGCGAGUCUGACUGUAACGCGGACGUAGAACCUGACAGUAUCGAUACCAUUGCCGCCCACUUCUCCGCAGCCCCUUCUGCCUUCGCAACCCCCUCAUUCUGCCGGAUGCCUGCGCCAGGGGGAGAAACAUACGUUUCUGGAUAG